AUGUUCUCAAUAUGGAAAAGAAUGAAAAAUAGCCAUUGCUACAAAAUAAUGUUUUGUAUUGGGGUUGUUGAUAUGUUGACACUUUUAUGUAAUGGAUUAUUAACUGGUUAUUUGGGGUAUUUUGGCUAUGUUUUUUGUUCAUCUCCCCGUUUAAUAUAUAUUGCUGGAGCUUAUGGACUUGGUAAAAAUUGAAUUUAUAGUUGAAUCUCGAUUGUUCGUACACUCUUGGUGAUGA